AUGGCUGCGACAGGCUUCCUUGCGGCAUUCUGCCUCCUUGCCCUCCCGCUCCUCUCGUGGGCGCAUACCGUCAUCGUCUAUCCCGGCUGGCGCGGCGACAACCUCAUUACAAACGAGACGUUUCCCUACGGCAUGCAGUGGAUGUAUCCCUGCGGCGGCAUCCCCCUCACCACAAACCGCACAUACUGGCCCACGACCGGCGGCCCCAUCUCCUUCCAGCCCGGCUGGUUCGUCGGCCACGCGACGGCCAUGCUGCAGGUCAACCUGGGCCUCGGCACCGACGGCCCCGACGGCGGCCCGCUCGAGAUGAAGCACCAGAUCGUCCCGCCCUUUUCCAUCGUCGGGCCCAGCAACAACCCCUUUCCCGGCACCGUCUGCCUCGACAAGGUGCAGAUCCCGAACCCGGCCGACCUGGGCAUCAAGGCGGGCGUCAACGCGACGAUUCAAGUGCUCAUGAAUGCGCAGCACGGGGCUGCCCUGUUUUCGUGCGUCGACAUUACCUUUGUCGAGCCGGGUGACAAGCGGAUUCCCCCCCAUAACGACACCAACUGCUUCAACUCGUCCGAUAUUGGCUUUGCCGACAUUGGCACAAUCACCAUCUCCAAGGGCGUCUUCAUCGACGAUCUAUAA